GAACAGCAGGAACAUGAAGCCGCCACUCUUGGUGUUUAUUGUGGGUCUGCUAUGGUUGAAAGAUUGUCACUGUGCACCUACUUGGAAAGACAAAACUGCUAUCGGUGAAAACCUGAAGAGUUUUUCUGAGGCUGGGGAGAUAGAUGUAGAUGGAGAGGUGAAGAAGGCUUUGAUUGGUAUCAAGCAGAUGAAAAUCAUGAUGGAAAGACGAGAGGAAGAGCAUACCAAAUUAAUGAAAACCUUGAAGAAAUGCAAAGAAGAAAAGCAGGAGGCUGUGAAACUUAUGAAUGAAGUUCAGGAACAUCUGGAGGAAGAAGAAAGGAUAUGCCAGGCAUCUCUGGCUGAUUCCUGGAAUGAAUGCAGGUCUUGCCUGGAAAGAAACUGCAUGAGGUUCUAUGCAACCUGUCAGCCUGGUUGGUCCUCUGUGAAAAAUACGAUUGAGCAGUUUUUCAGGAAGAUAUAUCAGUUUCUGUUCCCUCUCCGUGACGAUGAUGAGGACAGCCAUCUCCCCCACAGUGAACGGCACAUGCAGGAAGAUGCACAAGUGACCCAGAUGGAGGAUGCGUUUGUCCAGCUGACUGCGACUGUGGAAUCCCUCUUUAACAGGAGUUUUUACGUCUUCAAACAGAUGCAGCAAGAAUUUGACCAGGCUUUCCAAUCAUAUUUCAUGUCGGAAACCAACUUAAUGGAACCUUACCUUUUUCCCAUUUUAUCCAAAGAGCCGACCAAGAAAGCAGAUCUUGGGCAAAGCUGGGAUAUUCCCCACUUCUUCCAGCUGUUCUGUAAUUUAAGUCUUUCUAUUUACGAAAGUGUUCGUGAAACGAUUACUGAUACACUGAGUGCAAUAGAGGAUUGGCCAAAAUAUGAUGAAGAUUCUCACCAGGGAGGAUUGAUUUCAAAGACAUUACCUGAACAGGACAAAGGACUGUGUGGGGAACUUAGUCAAAAUUUUUCUGGAUGUUUCCAAUUUCAUGAAAGAUGCCAAAAAUGUCAGGAUUACUUAUCAGAAGACUGUCCUGAUGUGCCUGAACUACACAUAGAAUUGGAUGAGGCCCUUAGACUGGUCAAUGUGUCCAAUCAGCAAUACGACCAGAUUGUCCAGAUGACCCGGUAUCACUUGGAGGACACCAUGUAUCAGAUGGAGAAGAUGAGCGAGCAGUUUGGCUGGGUGUCUGAACUGGCAAACCAGAGCCUAGGAGCUGAGAACAUCUUUAAUUCAAUAAAGGCAGUUCCAAGAGUUCAUGAAGGAAAUUCUUCCAAACAAGAUGACACGAUGGUAUACUCAAGCAUUCUGCCUUCCCCUAAUUUUACACUGGGAAUUCCUCUUGAAGAAAAAAGUGCUGAGAUUUCUAACUUCAUUGACUAUGUGGUAGCAAAAGUUCUACAGCAUUUUAAGGAACAUUUUUAG